ACUUCAUGUUUCAUUAGUAGCAGAGUGACAUAUUUAAAAGGUGUAAAGUCUAAAAGUCUAACCGUGUGUUUCCCUCAAGGAGCCUCAGAAUGAGGUUACACUGUUUCCUGUUUGUAACUGAAGAAAAACCAAAAAGCUUUGCUGAGACAGAACACUGUCAAGGUAAAAAUAGACGACAGUGCAGCACACCUCAGUGACUUAACACAGCAAUGCCUUGUAGCCUGACAGCUGUUGUGUCAGAUAGUCAACCCACUUUGUUUAAGACAGCUCCAAUAUGCCAGACUGCAUAGCUGCAUGGGUCGCUGUGGUGGUGUUGUCUCUGGCCUUACUGAUUUCUUUUAGUUUAAAUCUCAUCUUCUACUUCCUGAGAAGAAAAGCAUCUUUGUGCAGAGACAGUAACACAUCCUGGGACCCUCAGAUUUGUGAACAAGAAAGCUUGUCAAGGAAUGAUGGUCAUUACUUUCAUGACCUCAAUCACCAUGAACAGCAGGAAAAUCCAAUCUACGGAAACAUCCACACAGGUUCUGCAGAUGUCUGCUAUGAGAUGAUGGCCAUGCAACAUACAAACAAUGGCAAAAGGUCUUUAGAGUCUGAUGUGAAUUACGCCUCACUGGACCUGAAAGUGGCACAGAAACGAAAGAAGAAUCAUCAUCUGCAAAGUCGCAUUCAGGGAUGCAACAAACUGCAAGAUCACCUGCCGGUUACAUCUGCACAUUCUGUGACUCCCUUCCUGGAAAUAGAAGCAGAUAUGGAUGCUUGCCUUCCUUCCAAAAACAACAGCACAAUGGUUUCCCACAGUAGCAUCUAUCUUAACAGUCAACAGAUAGCACAAGAAACGGAGGCCAUAGAGGGGAACGUUAACGUGGUAAGGGGGAACAUGAUUUGGGAGGGAAUAAAUGGGGAAAAUGGGGGUGCAGAAUGGGCAGAUACGGAAGAAAGUGCAGAUAGAUGUGAUAGUGGUGAUAGAAGUGAAGGUUCACAUAUUUUAGAGCUAAAAGCUCAAAGCAGUGAACAAGUGUAGGCAAGGAAAAGGCUUCACUCAUGUUUUCCCCAUUAGUACACGUUGUGAAUAUUGCUAAUCUGUAAACUGGGGGGGGGUCCAUGUUGAUCCCACCAGAAUUUUUUGAUUUUUAAUACUGUCAAUACUGUAUUUUGCAGAUGUCUAUAAUAAAACUAGGUAGGAUCACUUUGCAACUAUUUUGCAAAAGAAUUUUUCCUGAUAAAAUACAUUUCACUUUGAAAGACUUUUGUGAAUAUUUUUGAACAUGACUUUUCAACACAAAAAUUCAACACUUCAGUAGUCAUGAAAAAUUGACACAAAGCCCAAAUUUUGCUAUGGAGUCAGUUAUGAAAAUUUAUCAAAAAAAAUAUACCAUUGAGGUCCACUUUGACCCCAUGAGUACUGAUUAGGGUUAUAUUGUUUGAAAGUGAAUCAUGACGUGGUGGGCAUAGCUAACCUAUUAGCUUCAAUAAAUGCUAAUCCUCUAAGCUUUGCAAAAACCUAGCUUUGGCUCUAAACCCUUAAAAGCAAGCUUGAUGAGCUGAAAUUUGAAUAUGUUGUGUAAACUUGGAGAUACUCAAAAAGGUUGAGCAUGUCUACAUCAUGGUCAAGAUGUACAUACAUAAUGAACAAAUGAAACUAAACUGCCGUUUUUAUUCAACAUAUUCUCUUCACAGUACAUAAAGUAUUAAAAUAAAAGAAAUACACAAGUAAAAUAAUUUUAACAUGAGUUUACUCUGGUUUGAACUCCUACUCCAUCUCCUCGAGGUGAUGCUUGUUGGCUUUCUGCCAUAUGUCAGUUUCACUUAUUGGAUUCAUGUAUUAGCUUCAAUAGAAACAAACAUAUAA